GAGAAGGACAAACCGAACAGUACAACGAUGAACGGUUCCCCAGGCAGUGGGAUACGCAGCGACCAGAUGGGCGUGAAGAUCGAACCAGCGGAAGCAGAAUCGUUGUCCACGUCUGGUAGCAGCGGCAUUCUAACGCCGGUCAGCCCCUACGGCUACGUGAAGCCGAUCAGUCCGGAGCAGGAGGAGCUGAUACAUAGGCUCGUGUAUUUCCAGAACGAGUACGAGCAACCCAAGAGGCCGAACCUGCUUGAAGGCUGGAAGGUCGAGAAGAUCCAAGAGAUCUAUCUGGAGGCGUUGAAGGCGUACGUGGACAACAGGCGCAGGCCCAAGUCCGGCACGAUCUUCGCGAAGCUUCUGUCGGUGUUGACCGAGCUGCGAACACUCGGCAACCAGAACAGCGAGAUGUGCUUCAGUCUGAAGUUCAAGAACAAAAAGCUGCCACUAUUCCUCGCCGAGAUCUGGGACGUGACACCCUAG